AUGGGACUUGAACCCAUGGCCUUGGAAGAGAUACCUGCUCAUCAUGCUGCAUGGGCUCUGAGGCCUGUGGUAUUAUGCUCAUUACAGGUACAUCUUCAAGUAGCAGCCCCGUUAGACAUCAACUUGCUGAAUGGUCUACAUCUUGGGCUUGACAGUGAGCACCAAUAUAUAAAUGCUGGUCUUGCUGUUGCAUUAAGCUCUACUUGGCUUCAAAGGACUGGCCAUCUUGAAGUCAAUUACCUGCUGCAACAGACUACCUCUCUGCCUGAGCAAUUCAUUAAAGGGUUAACAACUGCUGCUUUGCAAGGACGGGCUCAAGUUGUCCCUGAUCAGCUGAUGGGGAUUGAAAGCCCCGGAAAUCUCGUGUUCUACUUGGAUGGAGCCCAUAGUCCUGAAAGCAUGGAAGUAUGUGCAAAAUGGUUCUCUCUUGCAAUCAAAGAUUACCAUGAGCCAAUGUCCUUCAGUAAUUUGGUAGAUGAUUAUAAAAGAGCUUCACUUGAAUCAGUACGGAUGGACCACCAUGAGACUUCCAAGAAGAAUCUCACACAGAUUUUGUUGUUCAAUUGUAUGUCAGUGAGAGACUCUCAGUUGCUUCUUCCACGCCUGAUGAAUGCUUGUGCUAGUCAUGGAGUCCAACUUAAGAAGGCGCUGUUCGUACCAAGCAUAUCAAUUGCCUUGCCACCAUCUGAAACUGAAGUGGAUCUUUCAUGGCAGCCGACUCUUCAAAGAUUAUGGGAGAAUCUCGUCCAUGGUGAAAAAGGAAGUGAUGCAACAAAACCAGAUCUAUUUUGUGAAGAAAGUCUCAAUGAUGAAAAAAGUGUCAGGAGUUGUGAUGACAACAUGGUGUUUCCUUCUCUUCCAUUAGUUAUCAAUUGGCUCAGAGACAAUGCCCGGAAAAAUCAAUCUGUUCACUUUCAGGUCCUUGUAACUGGUUCAUUACAUCUUGUGGGUGAUGUGUUGAGAUUAGUCAAGAAAUAA